AUGUCAUAUAAAAUAAUGGAAAUGGAAAUCAUCUGUAUUUCAUCCGAUGAUGAGACAAAUUCACAAAAGGAAAAUGAAUCGGAAGAAUCUAAGGUCAAUUGUAUAGAAGCUAAUAAUGGAUCUAUUAUUCCUGGAAAGUUGGAAAUUUUAUUUAAUAAUGAUGAAAAAGUUGAAGAACAUCAUCUAAAACGAAAAAACGAAGAAAAGAUAAUUCAUAAUAAUAUGGAGAAGAAGCUAAAGUUAAAUACAAAUCAAGAAACAUUUAAAGUAAUAAAUAAACUUGACGUAGAUUCUACAUAUGUUCGUCAAGAAGCAUCUGUUAGAUCUAAUAACAAUGUACAAUCAAAAGAAGAACAGGAAGUGAUAGCUGAAAAGACACAAUUGAUUGUAAAAGAAAAGAAAAAGAUAUCGUAUAUUCCACAUGAUGUCUUUCCUUUAUUUAUAAGUUUGUGUCUGCAAAAAUGUCCAGAAUAUGAUAAAACAGAUAUGGAAAAAAUUAUUGAUAAAUUAAAGAGACGGUAUGAAAACUUAGAUCCAUUAUAUGUUAGAUCAGAAAAUUUUGUCUCUUUUCUAAAUGAGAAGCGUGAAGCUAUCAUGAAGGAUGGCAAAAAAAUAUAUGUACACAUAGAAGAAGUGAUGAACGAGAUGAAGAAAAAAAUUAAAAAGAAUACGCAAUGCAAUGGAAUUUUACAAAAUGAGACCUAUGAUGCAAUUCCUUCUACUUCUUUUGCUACUUACAAUACAUCAAUUAAUAAUGAAAUAGAAUCAGACUGUGAUGGUGAUGAUGAUGAUGAUGAUAAUAAUAAUAAUGAAGAGACUCUUAAGACAAGAAGAAAGAUUAAGCAAGUGUUACAUGCUAUGAAAAAGUGCGAGUCAAUUAUAAAAAAAUUGGAAGACGCAGAAGUUGACUUUAAUGAAGAAAAUGACAGUAAUUAUAUAAAAGUCGAGAGGUAUAAACGGAAAAUGGUAGAAUUGUAUAGUAAGCUUUGUGAACUAACAGGAGAAAAUGCUGAUGCGGGACGUACAUAUUUGCGUCCUAAACAUUUAAACACAACUCAGAUUGUUGCUGUGGAUCAAGCAAUAACGAGUUUUAUUAACUCUAAAAUUAUUAAACGAAAUGAAAUGAAAAAAAAUAGAGCUCUUACAGAUGAUAUAAUAUUUCCUGAUUAUAGGGAUAUUUUGGAAUGUGUUACUAGGUGUAAUCACAAAAGAAAUUUAUGUUUGGAUAGAAAAACACAAGAACAAAUAGCAAAGAAAGCUUUCCGAGAACUUGGAGAACACUUACAACGCGCAAGACGCAAUGAUUAUUGGGAUACCUUUUCUUUAUAUCUUGAAAAUUCUGAAGAUCCAGCUGUAAAAGAUAAAAAUUUAGCAAAAAAAUUAUCCGAUAAUCGUAUUGAGGGUGAGAAACGAUUAGCUGCCGUAUUUGACAAAUAUACAAAGAAACAAGAAGAAAUAAAAGACCAAAUUAAUGAAAAUACAACUUCGGAGGAAGAUGAAGAUGAAGAAGAAAGUAUAAUUGAAGAUAAGAACGAAGAUAAUUUAUCUCUGAUAAGUGAGAAGGAUAGUGAUAUUGAAGAAGAUAUGAAUAGCACAGUUAAAAAAAAUGAAUUAUCUAUGGAAAAAAGCAAAUUUAAUACAAAUGUAACAAAUAUAUAUCAUGCUACAGAUAAAACUAUUUCAAAUAAAACUACUGUAAAAAUUAUACCAGAGGAAUGUAUCAAAAAAGUUAAAAUAAAAACUGUAGAAAAAAAUGCGGCAGUGUCAAAAAAUGAGACCAGGACAGUUAGUGAAAAGAUUAAAAAAUUAUGUGAUAGUAAUACUAUAUCAAUUAUAAAAAAGAUUGGGGAAACUAAAAUACAAGAGGACUUGUUACCAGCAUUUUCUACAACAAACUGCACAAGUGAGGAUCUAGCGGUGAUGGAAACUGAUGUACCCAAAAUAACAGAUCCUGCAACAAAGAAGAUUUCAGAGGGUAUAGCAGAUGCGGUAACCAGGAAAAUGACAGCUGUGAGCACUGAUAUUACAGCAGAGUUGAGAAUAAAGGAUACAGCAGAGGAGCUAAGAACAGAAGAAGAUACAAUAGAAUUGACAACAGAAAAUGUAAUAAAGCUGACGGGAAAUGUAGCAAAGACGAAUGAUAUACCAAAAGUAAUAACGAAAAAUAUGAUGGACGAAGUAAUCGAUAUGCCAAAUGAUGAGCAACCGGAAGGAAAGAAACCUCUACUGCGACUACGUUCAUUCGCUAAACCUCCUAUGACUUGGGAAGACACUCAGCAUAAAACGGAAAAGACUAUUCAAGAAAAUGCGCCAAAAGGAACAGACCAAAUUAAAGAAGUAGUUGAUUUAACUAAUGAAAGCAACCAAAUUAAUACGACUAAGCUAAUACCCAUUAACAAAUGCGUUUUACAAGUUGGAGACAAGCUAGUCCCCUUAGUGAAAUCUCCAACGAAGCUCGUACCUUCAAAUUCGAAUAUAAUUACUGUUCAAAAUAUCACAAAUAAUUAUUUGAAGGUAAACACGCGAACGGGACAAAUUAUAGCGCCUGUACGGGACAUCCGUGCAGGAUCUACAAUAAUCCGAUUACCCAUUCAAACAGCUACUCGACAAAAUCAAUUGCAAAAUGUGAAUGCCGUUACUGUAACAAAUGAUGUAACAUUCAAAGGAAAUAAGGAUACUGUAUUACAAAUCAUCCAACCUAAGAUUAUCGUAUCUAAAAAAGCGACAGCGCAAUUUAUCUCUAAACCAACGGAAGUGAGUUCAUCAAAGACAAAAUCUAAAUGACUCAAACAUAUAGUAAAAGCUGUUAUCUUAGAUCAUUGUUAUACAAAAAA